UGUGAUCGGGCAGGUUAUAAACAUUCAACUGCGGCAGCAGUGCCGCGCAUCGCCCGCCCGCCCUUCCUGUCAUGCAGUAGACUUGUGGGAGCGACAUUUUGGCACAUUUAAUCGGAUGCCUUUCUUUAAAGAGUGGAAACAGUAGGUGGUUUAAGUCUACGCCGCAACGGUGCCCGCCGUCUACUUAAUGUCAAAGAACUGGGGCAGACAUCUCGUCUUGGCAAUUGCACGACAGGGAGAACCUGCGGCACAAGACAGCUUCUGAAUAGACAUUAUCAGGUUGGGGAUAUACCGGAUUAUUAAUACUCCGGAAAGAAGCUUAUAAACAGAAAGCAGGGGGGAAAACUAUAAAAAAAAUGAAGAAGAAUGAUAACAUUGUUGAUUUAACGUACAGCGCAAUGAAGCCUUUGUAAGAAGUCGAGCAACUCUUUAAAAUGGGCGUCUCGCGGAUGGUAAAGGUCUGCAUGCAGAACUUAGCAAAUUCAUUCGCUCAUUUCAUUACUGCUCCUGGUGACCUUGCUUUGAAUGUUUCCUAGUACGAAUUUCACGAAAGAAAAUUACAUGCAAAUCAUUACAUGCGUCCGUCCUUAAGGAACUAUCCUAUUUGACGCUCCUGUUGCAUUUCCAUGAGAACAAGCGGGGCCUCGAAGUUAUUAUUGCAGUGCUAGUUAAGAUGCCAUUACGCGAUUUGUGAGAUGAACUCCGUUGAUAUGCCUUUUGCAAUAAAGAGUCCGCUUUGCAUGAAUAGCGAGAAGACUAUGGUUGGGUGCAGAUCCCUGUCACUGAAGGAUGUUAAGUGUUAAACGGCACUGGAGUUGCGUUGUUAUUCUCUGCCCGGAGCGCAGCAUGCUCCGUCCUGCAGGUGUGCCCGUCAGUGCACAGGGCUGAUAUUUUACAUUUGAUCAGAUUACACGCGUUUUCUUUCGCGAUCUGACUAUUUAGAUGCGCCUAGUGGUAUGUUAUUAAACCGAUCGUGCAUUUAAAAUGUUAUUUUAUCGUGCGUUUUAAUACAAAGAUUCAGUAUUUAAAAUAGAUUAUGCAUUUGAGCAGUUUAAAUGUAGAUGCUGACGACGUGUAUACAGUUUCAGAAGCAAUGUUUAUGUGAUUUGGAUUGUUUACUCGAUCGUAUGACAGGGUUAAUGGGGAAAAUAUAAAAAUAUUUUUUUUUCCAUUUGAAAAUGUGGCAUUUCAAGGAAUGUUGCAGUCCGUUUGAAGUUAAAGUCUGUUAUUCUACCGAAAAGUAAAAGAACAGGAAAAUUUACCAGUAUGAGACCAGUCCUCGGAAGAUCUUUAAACUUUGUGCUUUUGUCGCCACCAUUCCGUUAAGGACGAUACAAUGAGACUUAUUCGUUUUAUUCUCUUUGUGUGUCUCUGAGGUAAAAGCAGGCUGAUGAUGUGAAAUGAGUGGAAGCGAAGUAUUGCAGGAGCGUUGGAGGAGACCUAUCCUUGGAAGCAAGCGCCCAGGACUAAACGCAGAUGUCGGGGAGCGGAAGGCUUCCCCGCCGCGCCUGACAGUCUUGGAGCCCGCAGUGAUUUCAUCCAGCCACCGCAGCACUUUUACCUGCGGUCAGGAUCUCCAUCCAGCAACUCCAGGAAUCUCUUUAUUUCCAGACUCCUUCAAAACUGGAAUGUAACUUUUACUUUUGAAGACGAAAACAAAACAAACCUGCAUAAAAAUGACAUAUUUUUUUCAAGAAAAAAAAUAUAUAUACAAAAACUGAUGGCUGUUUUUUAAGUGAUAAAGGGUUAACGCUUCUGCUAUAAGAGUCAGCGCUUAUAUUCGCACAAAUAUUCACGAAUAACGAAUCCAUUGGCGUUUUUCACGAGAGAAGGGAAGGGAAGAUCGGAAACAGUAACUACUCUGUUCAUUUUUUCCCCUAUAUCAUCGUCGGCGUCAGCUUUUCUCUUGAAUCAGUUUUUUUUUUCUUUUAAUAAAUAUAUAUUUUAAUGUAAUGGAACCGAACAUAAGACCAAGAGACUCUAAGGAUUGAUUUUGAUUGAUCGUAUCACAGCCUCCGUAUAUAUUGAUGUACCGUUUAUUCUGUGUAUAAGACGAUUUUUUUAACCCGGAAGGGGCUCUUACCCCUUUCAGUAAACACUAAGGGAACUGGUGGAUCGUCUUUUGGGACUGAAGAGAAUGCAGGCUGGGGUGAGAACGUUUUGUGCCGGCAGUGGUGCGUCACUCUGCUGCCUGCUUUUACUGUGGGUGAUUUAUUCUCACCUCCUUAGAGAAGGUCAGCUGGCCGUGGGCACCUGUGAGAUCGUGAUGCUGAAUCGCGACAGCAGUCAGCCCCGGCGCACCAUCGCUCGCCAGACGGCCCGCUGUGCCUGCCGGCGGGGUCAGAUAGCGGGGACCACCCGCGCCCGGCCGGCAUGCGUCGACGCCCGGAUCGUGAAGAGCCGGCAGUGGUGCGAGAUGGCUCCCUGCUCCGAGGGUGAGGUUUGCGGGCUUCUCUUCAACCGCUCCGGCUGGACCUGCACCAAGGGCGGGGGGCGUAUAAAGACCGUCACGCCUUUGCCCAAGGAGCCCUCUUAAAGCAUUAAGAGCCAGGGGAGGUCUUAUGACCAUCGUCGACAGAGAGGGAUCACUCACCGGGAACAUGUCUUGUCUCCAUCCAUCUGUCCCAGCACUUUUCACCUCUGCCAGCUCCAGAAGAGCCCACAUUCAUUGCGGACUACUGUUCUGCCCCCCCUCGCCCACCCCAAUCCCACCCAUGGGUAUACCCGCCCAAAGUGGAAGGGGCUUCACUGUAAGGUGAUGUGUUCUUGCUUCUUCACUAAUGACCCCUUCUACCUGCCCAGUCCAUGCGAGGAAUGUGGACAGACUGCAAGUGUCUCCGCUCUCCCACUAUGUAAAUAUAGAAGGAAGGAAGGACAUUAGAGGAAACUCCCUCUUUCCCCUUUUUCAGAGUGUUGUCCCAGC